CUUGAAAUGCACGCAGUCGUGCCAAAUGAAACCUACGAUAUUUUCCCCAAAUACGCACGAAAUGGAGAAAAUGACAGAAUAAGAAACAAAAUAAUGGAAAAGAGAAAGACAGAGGCGGAAAAGGAAAGCAAAUGGGGAAAAAGACAACUAAAAAUAAAGGAAAAAGGACUCGACGGAGAAGAGAAGCUUUGUGCUAGUAGUACUGUCUUCUUCCACUCUCACUGCAUCUUCUUCUUCUUCUCCAAUCAUAUCAGACCCCGCUCCUCACUCUUCUUGACAAAAUCCCUUCUUGACGCCUUCUCCUCUUCCCCUUCCUACGUUAACUCUCUGCUCUGUCACUUUCACCUUUUCUUCUUCUACUACCCUCUUCUGAGUCUUCUCCCUCGCUCCAUUUUCCCCCACGACAACAAUUGACAAUGAGAGACAGAGGAAAAGCUCUGGAUCCAACCAACAACAAAAAUGGCGACUUGUUCCUCCACGACGACGACGACUCUGCCUCUUACCUCCCCUGCAAGCGACACCCUUCUCCUUCUUCUUCUUCUUCACCUCCCGUUGGAAUCUGCCCCCACUGCCUCAAAGAACGCCUUCUCACUCUGCUCUGCUCCGAUUGCGGCGAGCAGCGCCUCUCUUCCUGCUCCUGCUCCGAAAUCUCCCCCAAUCGCGCCUCCAAUUCAAGCAAUUCCAAUCUGGAAGUCGGCCGCGUCUCCUUCCUAAUCGAGAACAAUGCUCAAUUUCAGCCUUCCAACAGUCUAAACCGUUCGAAUUCAAACAAGCCGCCGCAACCGCGCCCGGCGGCUGCGGCGGAAGUUCUGAUCUUGAAGCGGAGCAGCAGCAGCUGCGUCGAGAUCAAGCGCCGGAGAGGCGGGUUCUGGAAAAUCGGUAGGUUCUUCACCAGGAGAUCGAAGGAGAAAUUGGGUAGUGGCAGUAGUGGUAACGGAAUUACACACAGCGUCGCCGGUAUUGAAGACCGGAACGGCGACCUGUGGGUUCUCGACGGCGAUUACGCCGCGGGCGGCGGGUGCGGCGGGAUGGUUUCGAGGUCGAGGUCGUUGUGCAGCUUCAGGGGCGGCAGCGGCGGCGGUGGCGGAGGUGGGUUUUUCGCGGGGUCGGAGGACGGGACGUAUUCAGGGGCGAGAAGCUCUGUUUCCGGCGCCAGGAGCUCCAUCUCCGCGGCCCGGAGCUCCGGGUUCAACGGGCUGGUUUUCGACCCGGAUAGGAAAAGCGGGUACAGCGAGUCCGAGCCCAGGAAGAGCGGGUUCGAUGUGGAGAAUCAGAAGAGGGAUUGUUCGAUCCCGCGGGUUUUCUCGCUCCGUGAAGGCAAUUUCACGACCGCCGUCGACGACUCGGGAUUCAUCGACCUGAAAUUCGACUUCCCAUCGUCGGAGUCGAGGCCGCCGCCGGCGGCGGAGGCGGCGGAGUACGGGAUGGCGGGAGGAGACCGAAACGGCGGGUCGUUUCGAAUGACGGUGAGUGACAGAGGGAUUAAACGGAGCCGGAAGAGCUUCAAGAGCUGGAGAUGGAUUUUCCGGCAAAACCACCACCACCAUCAACAUAAUCAUAGUAGUUGUAAUCAUGAUUACAAUAAUCACCACCAUCUGGGUGCGAAAGGGGAACAGAGGAAUAAUGCGGUUAAUCCGAUGUAGAUUUGUUGUUAAUUACACUCCUGUAAUGGGUAUUACUAUAUAUAUUAAUGAUCAUGAUGCUUUGGAAUUUCGAAUGUGGUGGUACUUUUGUUUGGCCCCAGAGAGAGCUUUAAGUUGAAGAAAGGAAAAGGGAAAUGGUGACCGGCCGGCGGCAAAAGCAGCUAAUUCGAAGGUGACACCUUUCUGCGGCGGGGGAGAUCGGUUCACUAAUUGUGGCCGUUUGUGAUUGGUUAUUUCUUUCUCUUUAUGGAGCAAAAAUACGAGCCUUUUUGUGUAGUGUUAUAAUCUUUGCUCUUUUUUUGGGUUAUAAAAUGAGAGAGGCCCAAUCCAACCUUGAGCUUGAAGGCACCGCACGCACAACUUUCUUAAUUGGAGUUUCUUAAUUGGAGUUUUCGAACGUUGUUGUAUAGGGUAAGUGUUAAAUUUGGUAAGUGAGAUUAUUAAAUCGUGUCAUACUUA